AUGGCAUCUACUGCAGUUGCACAGACUGCUGACUCCGUGCCCAAGCAUCGGGCAUGCGAUGAGUGCCGUUCCCGAAAACUCGCCUGCUCCAAGGAGCCCGACGGAUGCUCCCGUUGCAAGAAGGAGGGGAUUCUAUGUCACUACUCCCCCCAAAAGCCAAUGGGACGUCCUCGAAAGAGACGACAUGUGGAGAGUGAAGCCCCCCUACCGCCUGCUCAAGAUGUGUCCGGACCUGGAACUACAGGCUUGACAUUUGCCUACGGCUUCCAGGACCAAGCUCAUGAUUAUCCACCCUUGUCCUCUGGCGGUUUUGACCAGGGACUCGGCUUCUUAGACGAGUCUGCCUCUUCAAAUCUCGAGUUCUGGGACUUGUUGCCCAACAACUAUCUCGAUACACUUCCUACAGAUCCCCAGUUACUCCAGCACGAUGCACCGUCAACCCAAAAGACCUCUGGGGGUCCCCAAUUGACUCUCAGUGGUGUAGACCUUCUUGGAACUAUCAAUUUUGACGAACCCGAUGUUUCGCAGGCCCUCAUAUCCAAGGACCUCAACGCAUCACUGCAGCAAUACAUGGCCGACCAACUCAGUCCCCGGCAGACACAUGACAGUUCGAAUGCCUCUACACCGCCUGACACACUUGGAAGUGACCACGGCACAUCGGUUGGCUCCGUUGAUGACAACGCUACGAUACCACCACCUUCCUCGCUGCGUUCUGUUCCCACUGUGGUCUGCGGGUGUCUAUCAUCGCUCUAUCUUGCGCUGGACUCUCUUACUCGCCUUCCCGAUGAGGUUGUACCGGCUAUGCGUGUUGCUCGUAACGCAUCCAAGGUCGCUUACGAUGUUAUUCAAUGUUCUACCUGCUCCAAACCCCUGAUUGAUGAGCCGACGAAGCCACCCCCAAUCCAGUGCUUUCAGAACCUCAUGCUUCUGGGCACGCUGGUGCCGUCUGCGUGCAACGCCUACGCUACCAUUCUCGAGAUGGUCGAUGCCGAGACAGCUGCUGCAAAGAAACAUGGGCGAUCAUUCUGGUUCUCCUUUAAGGACAUUGGCGGUCUAUGGGGGUGUAUCGGCGACAAUGGCGGCUCAUGUCCUGUCAUUGAGAAUUACAACAACAAGAACAUGGAGCCUGAUAUGUGGAGGCUUACCAUUCGCGGGCUCCUCCGCUUCGAUGUCUACGGAAUGGACGGAACGGGCUCGAACGUACCGAAGAGCCAGCGAUUUACGCACCCGGGACUCAGAGAUGUCGUCAAACAGCUCGAGGAACGGAGUCGCAAGCGCCAUGAAAUCUUGGAUGCCCUCAUAGCUGCUGGUCACCCGCAUGACGGAGUGUCUGGUGUCAUCUACCCUUCGAAGCCAUGCACGCCAGAGCAACGCACCUGCGUCAGGGUCCUGGAGACUGCUCGUAUUGCUCUGGAAAACCUCGUGAUUGCCUGA